CAGAGGAUGCAGCGUGAGAGCUAACAGAGGCCCCCCUGUUGUCUGAUGUGUGUCACAUUUCUAGCAUCUGAGUCAAGAUGAACAGUUACAGAAAGCAGAUGGCAGAGCAUUUCCUGAGUCAGGCCCUGGACAUCAUCUGCCUGCUGACCGGAGAGGAAUAUGUCAUUGUGAAGAAGAGUCCCUCCCACAGCAGCAUUCACCAGCAGAGCAGAGAGGUGCCUAUAAAGUGUGAUGAUGUUGCUGUGUAUUUCUCUAUGGAGGAGUGGGAGUAUAUAGAGGGACACAAGGAGCUUUAUAAGGAUGUCAUGAUGGAAACUUGCCAAGCAUUAUGGACUAUGGAGAUCCCAGGAAACGAGAGCUCAGAACUAACAGGUCACAGUGAUGAAAAUCUAUACACAGGAGCUGCAGAACUGGUACAGAAUAUUCAGCCAGUGGAGACCCCAUCAGAUGUCUCUGCAGAACUAACAGGUCACAGUGAUGAAAAUCUAGACACAGGAUCACAUGGAGACCUUGUACAGAAUAUUCAGCCAUCAGAUGUCUAUGCAGAUGACAUUAAUACUGACGUAUAUGUUAAAACAGAAGAUCUGAGUGUAACGUGUCAGCUGAAAGCUCCAAUGCAAGAAAUGUGUUACAUUAACAAUGAAGGUGAAAACGAUGCUAAGAUUUCAUGUAACAUGGAAAAAACUGAAGAUCAGUGGCUAAGAAAUAUGCCAGAAGCUGCAGAGCGGGAAAUUUGUGCCAAUAUAAGUACAGGUGAAUCCACAAGCUGCAAUAAUCCUAGUCAUAAUCAGGGUGCAGAUGCUUCUUUACAUCUUAUUCAAAAUCAAAGAAGUCUCGUGGGAAAUGUAUGUUCUGAAUGUGGGAAAUGUUUUCUUACAAAAUCACAUCUUUAUAAACAUCUAAAAAUUCAUAAAGAAGAAAAGCCAUUGUCCUGUCCUAUAUGUGGGAAAUAUUUUAAACAUAAAAAAACUCUUGUUGCUCAUCAGAAAAUUCAUACAGGAGAAAAAAGAUUUUUAUGUUCUGACUGUGGGAAAUGUUUUACUCAGAAAUCAGAUCUUAUUGAUCAUCGGAAAAUUCACACAGGAGAGAAAGCAUUUUCAUGUUCUGACUGUGGGAAAUAUUUUACUCAGAAAUCAAAUCUUAUUACGCAUGAAAAAAUUCAUACAGGAGAAAAAGGAUUUUUAUGUUCUGACUGUGGGAAAUGUUUUACUCAGAAAUCAGAUCUUACUAGGCAUCAAAAAAUUCAUACAGGGGAGAAAGAAUUUUCAUGUUCUGACUGUGGGAAAUGUUUUACUCGGAAAUCACAUCUUAUUGAUCAUCAGAAAAUUCACACAGGAGAGAAAGCAUUUUCAUGUUCUGACUGUGGGAAAUGUUUUAUUCAGAAAUCAAAUCUUAUUACGCAUCAAAAAAUUCAUACAGGAGAAAAAGGAUUUUUAUGUUCUGACUGUGGGAAAUAUUUUACUCAGAAAUCAGAUCUUAUAAGGCAUCAAAAAAUUCAUACAAGGGAGAAAGAAUUUUCAUGUUCUGACUGUGGGAAAUGUUUUACUUGGAAAUCAGAGCUUAUUAGGCAUCAAAAAAUUCAUACAGGGGAGAAAGAAUUUUCAUGUUCUGACUGUGGGAAAUGUUUUACUCAGAAAUCACAACUUAUUAGGCAUCACAAAACUCAUAUUAAAAUAAAUUGGUAUUUAACCGCAUAAGUGCCGAGGGUGAAACGUAGUUUUCACCCACACAAUACCAAGUGCUGAUGAUGACUGCAUGUGACCCCCUGGGGUGUGCAGUUUUGGAGCUGUUUGAGGUCCCUUCUGCACCUCAGGCGUUUGAGGUGACCCCCAGGUUGGAUUUGAAUUAAAUCACUAGUCUUUAAUAGCGAUUUAAAUAAUGGUUUUCAGUUUUAGAAUAAUAACUUUCUAAUGACACGAUGAGUCCACGGAUCAUCUAAUUACUAAUGGGAAUAUCACU